UACUUCGUGUUUCACUCGAGCUGCGGCUACCUGGUUUUACGGUUCAUCAAUCAGCGCGACAUCUGAACACUAGACGACGCAACGCUGCGUCUGUGUCAAGUUGGAAUUUAACGGUUACGGAAUUUUGACGGGUCGACGACAUUCAAAACAAAAAAGAAGCGAUUAUUGAGAUAAGAUUACGCACGUGAAUUUGGCGAAGCUCGAAAGCGUCGGCGUUUCGUUAGUUGCUCAAAUUUCGCUACAAAAAAAAAACAAACUCAAUGGCUUCAUGACGAAUCUGAGGAUAAUGUGUGGUUUUAAAAAUUGUAAAAAUUCCUUUUGUGAAUUUGAUUAACAAAAGAAUAAAUAAAAAACAAAAAUAGUUUCUGUGAUUUUAUGUGCUUUUAACUAAGAGAGGAAUAAAUUAAAAAAAGAGUUUUGUAGUUAUGCGGAGUAGUAUUUGACCCUGUCGGCAGUAUUGGUGGAGAGUAUUUACGGAAAUUUGUGACAUAAAUACUACAUACUUAAAUAAAAAAAGAAAUAUUACUAGAACCAAAAAGUAAAUAAAUAAAAAAAUGGAUAUAAAAACUACGCCACCACCCUCAUUAAUCAACAGCCGUUCCACCGCAACGCCACCAGUCAAAAACAGCGCCACGUCAUCAGCACCCGCCCCGCCUGUUGCCACCUCUACGGGCGCCGUGAUGAACAGUGUCAGCGCUCUUAGCGGCAUCUCCAGCAUGCAAAAGCAGACAUUUCAAAAUAUUUUCGAGAAACUUGUUUCCAAUAAUGGCGAGAGUGGCAAAUUUCCGCCGAAACAACUCGAAAAUAUUCGUCAUUUGUUGGAAAAUGUGCGCGAUUCAAAGCAUCUGCAGCUGAUUGUGGAAAAGUUCAAGAAUUUGGAGCAAUUCGAUCUGAAUUUUUUGAGCGUUGGUAAUAAUAACUCGGUCAUUACAGAAGACGUCGAUAUAAACUUAAAGGAUACCUCCCGCAAGUUCGGCACAGGCGGUCAAACUCUUACCCCCCGACAUACUAUUGAUGCCAUUUUGGGUCUAAAGAAUCGCAAUGAAGGCGGUGAAGCCAACGAUGACGCCACCGAUCUCCGUUGCAACAUGUCCCUGGCGCAUCUGCGCAACAUGGAUAAUCACAUGGCAUCAAUGCUGCAGCAGUCAACACACCACAAGCAUGUCACAUUCCCCAAUAUGCAAUCGCCACCAAGCGCACAUCAUCAUCAACAUGCUGUCGCCUUGCAUCUAGGUACGCCCCCACCGCCGCCUCAACACUCUGCGUCGCAUCAUCCGCACCAAGCACUCAACUAUCACAAUGCCUUGAUGAGCUUUCCACAUCAAAAUAUCACCUCUAGUGGUGGCGGCGGUGGCGCCAAUAGUCAUUUAAACUACCCACCACUGGAGUCCGGCAGCACCGAUUCGGGCAGCACACGCACCAGUCCGUCCAUGAGUAGCGGUGAUUAUCUCAAUUCGAUGCAUCAGAUGGUCGAGGCGAGUCAUCUGCAAGCAGCGCUGCAACACCAUCCGUCACACCCGCAUCAUCAACCAUCAACGGGACCGCCUCCGCCGCCACAUUACAGUCACCAACAGCAUUUGGCCGCUUUGGCAGCACACGCUCAAGCGCAGUCGCAGUCGCAACAGGAACAGAAAUUUGCUAAAUCAUCGUCGUCACCAACGACAUUUGCCAAUCAGUCAUACUUUAGUCUCGCCAAUGGCUCCGGCGCACUUUGCAGUGGAGGUGCUGUUGCCGGCACGGCUAUUGGUAGCAAUCACGCCAACCUACUUGAUUACGAUGAGCACUCAAUGUCUUCAAUUUCGGCGAGUGGCGAGAUCGAUGCAGGCGAUGAUGAGGAUAUGAAGGACGGGCAAGGCGACAUAUCCGGACCUAUUGAUGUAACUUCGCCGCAGUCGCCUACAAAUUUAUCACAUUCGCCGUCCUCGAAUUAUAACAAUGCAGCAUCAUCUGCUUGUUCAAUGCAAUUUGGUGGAUUGAAACGUAAAUCCACCGUCUCCUACUGUGAUAACAACGUGGAUGCCGCCGAAGCGAACGACUCAAAAUUAGCCAACGGAAGUGCAAGAGAAAAUUACGCCAUGAAAACUUUCGAUGGUAUACGUGCGCGUACAUUCGAAGAGGUGCAACAGCAAUCAUUAAAUGGCAAUUGUAACACCAUGGAACAACAACAACAGCAACAUCAGCAUGGACAACAAUAUCAGCACCAGCAACAACAACUACAACAGCAGCAGUUUCAGCAGCGGCAUAUGGAUGACUGUCGUUUGAUCAGUGGCAGCGGGUCAGGCGGAGACGGACAGGAUCGCCUAAAUGAUGCCGACAGUGUGGUGAACGGGAGCUGCGCAUCCAGCGAAGACUUGAAUCAGACAAACUCCAGCGAGCAAGGCGAGAAGAUCACAUCCGGCAGUGAUGAUGAAGCUCAAGAUGACAAUUGUUCAAAGAAGAAACACCGUCGCAAUCGCACAACAUUCACAACAUAUCAGCUGCAUGAAUUGGAACGUGCAUUUGAAAAGUCACACUACCCAGAUGUUUAUUCACGUGAGGAACUGGCCAUGAAAGUCAAUUUGCCGGAAGUUAGAGUACAGGUUUGGUUCCAAAACCGACGCGCCAAAUGGCGUCGCCAGGAGAAAUCGGAAAGCCUCCGCUUAGGCCUCACUCACUUCACUCAACUGCCACAUCGUCUUGGUUGCGGCGCCGGCGGACUGCCGGUUGAUCCUUGGCUAUCACCGCCACUACUUUCGGCUCUGCCAGGUUUCCUUUCGCACCCACAGACCGUCUAUCCCAGCUAUUUGACGCCCCCACUUAGUUUGGCUCCAUCCAAUUUGACUAUGAGUAGCCUGGCAGCCAUGGGUCAUGGGCCACAUGGCCCGGCUAUGCAUCCAUCACCUCACACCGGUCAUCCAGGUGCACCACCACCGCCAUCGGUACUAAGCGCUGCUGGCCACCCUGGUCAUCAUGUACAAUUGUCACAUUUAUCACCACAUCUGUCACGCAUGUCACCACAGAGUUUGGCCACAAUGCCACCACAGCUGAGUUCAUCAACUCCAACAUCGUCCAUAUCGUCAUCGUCCGUAUCAUCGUCAUCUAUGACAUCAGCGAUUGCGAAUGCUGUCGCCCCAGCGUCCAUUCCUUCGAGCGGUGUGGGCUUAGCAGCGCUUUCGCCGCUGUCGUCCAGCAUAUCUGCGCUGCCGCCACCUCUAGCAGCCGCUUCGUCUGCAACCGCGCUCAAUUCGUUAUCACCACCACCACCACCACCACGCGCCACUCCAGCAACUAAUUCGGAGCAGUCACCACAAAAUCUCACCACAAAUAACGAUGCAAAUGAAGCAAUGCUUGUGGGCAGCAAUGGCGGCAAUGGAAAUGGUAGUAGCAAGUGCAGUGCAGCAGCCAGCAUGGAAUUGCUUGAUGUGGGACGGGAUAGCCCACCGCCUGGUCAUGCGCUGAGCAGCAAUGUAUCCGCCAAUGCCAUCAGUCGGCAGUCGCCAAUUUCGGCAAGUCAACCGCAGACAGCGGAUAUACGCUCCAAUUCUAUAGCAACGUUGCGCAUCAAAGCGAAAGAGCAUUUGGAAAGCAUCAACAAAGGACUGGCUAUGGUCUGAACGGUGGGUGAACAUGCAACCCACAGCUCGCUCCACCCAGCGGCAGUAAUCGGAAAGAGUAGAUACGCACACACGUCAACAUGCUUUUCUGUUUAAAAUUGCAUUUGUAAUUGAUUUGUUGGUUUGCAGCAAUUAGUGAUUUUAAUUAGUAAAUAAUUGUCGUAUUUUAAUAGGAACCAAAUGUAAGCAAAAUCAACAUGCACCUAAACAAAACAACUAUGUACAUAUACAUAUGUAUAUGUAUGUAUGUAUAUGUAUGUAGAAUACUAUGUACAUAUGCUUAAUAUCCAUUAGUCUAUAGAACUAGCCUCUAGAUAAAAGUUUAGGAUAAAAUUCUGCCUAUGAAGGCGCCUCUGUGCUGUAGUACUUAUUAUCGUAUGAUAUUUGAAUUAAAUGCACAUAUGUACGUAUGUACAUAUGUACCUUCAUACGAAUACGCUAUGUAUUUAUAUUGCAACUGUGCUAAAUGUACUGCUUAAAUCAAAAUAUUCUACUGAUACAUAGUAUGUGUUUCUCAGUUCCAUUAAUUUUAGCUCUUACAACUACAUAUGUACAUAAUAAGUACUCGUAUGUUUGUAUUAUUAGAAUUAGUAGAGAAAAGAAUCUCGCAAUUAUUGUAAAUAUAAAAGUUUUUAAUAAAAUGAGUAUGUAAUUUAGUAAUGUUUAGUAAUGUAGACACCUACAUACAUAAUUAUGUAUGCAUGUAUGUAGUUAUUGUGAAUACACAUUCCAC